CUAUUAUCGGCCCUUGUUUCGAUUUGGAAAGUGCUGUAGCAAAUCCAGUAUUAGAAAGAAACAAGUUUCGAAACAAAGCUUAUUUGUGAUACGACUGUGGCACAAUUUGCCUUUUUGUCUCUGGUAUAUUUGUUUACUUCGCCUUCUAUUGCAUAAAUAAAGUACGCCCAAUUCAAUCUCCAAAAAACAUAAACUAAAAUCGCGUCUCGAGUUUCUUUUUCUCUUUCUUUCCUCUUCAUAACUUCAAGUCGAGUAUACUUCUUUUUGUAAAUCUUGUAUAUUUUCCUUUGUACCAAAAAAAAAAAACUUGUAAUAGUAAAUCACUCUCAAAAAAAAAAGCAAUUUGUUUUUAGUAUAUACUUGAUUUGAAAAAAAUGGCAUCUUUCCCUAAGGGUUGGUUUUUUAUAAAAAAUCUCAAUAGCGGUUAUGUUCUUUCUACCGAGAAGUCUGCCGUUGGUGAGCCAGUCGUAAUGACAAGCAUUAAAAGCAAGGACUUUGAUAAUCAACUUUGGCAACAUGGAGAGGAUGGUCGUCUUCACAAUAAAAAGACCGGAUUUGUUCUCGAUGUUUCCAAAGGUGCUGCUAAAGUGGGUGCUGAAAUUGUCCAGCAACAUGAUUCUGAUAGUGCCAACUGUCAAACUUUUGGCGUCUCUUCUGAUGGUCACAUCUUUCUCACUAAGGACUCAAGCUUGGUUCUCGGAAUCAAGGAAUCUUUCUUUACUCGUCGUGAUGGACAACAUGUUCAUCUUCAAAAGUUGGACAAGAAUGUCAAGGAAAAGAAGGAACAGCGUUGGGAGUUUAUGUUGCCUUCUCAAAAGCGUACUUCUAUCCUAAGCGGUCCUAUGGAUAGCUUGAAGCGUACAAUCAGCGGUGCUUCUCUUGGUAGCUUUAGUUCUGCAUCACUUCAUAUUCAUCAUGAUGAUGAAGAUAGCUGCCUUGAUGAUUCAAAGCAAAUGACUUCCUUCCCUGAUUCUGAAUUCUUUAUCAAAUCUGAAUCUACUGGUUUCUUUAUUGGUGUUGAAAAUGCAUCUUCUAAUAGCUCCGGUGCCCGGCUCUGUCUCGAGCCUUUACGUAAGAGUGAUUACGAGACUCAACUUUGGCAUUACGAUGUGAUCACGGGUCGUUUGAUCAACAAAAACUCCGGAUUUGCAUUGACAGCCGAAGAGCUCUCUGAUGAAGCCAGUGUCGUUCAAUCCUCUAGUGUCACUGAAAAGGAUCUUAACCUUCAAUCUUGGACAUUGACUACCUCUGGUGAAAUCAAGUUGAAGAGUGAUCAUCACUAUGUCCUUGGCUUUAAGAAGGAUAACUGGUUUGGCUUAAACCGCGAAAGCGCUGCUCUCUUAUUGCAAAAACAAACUGAUCACAAGACUCACUCUUACCAACGUUUUGUUGUUGUCUUACCCGUUUUCAAAAAAAAGACUACCGAAAUUACUACUGUUACUGAACAGGUGGGCGUAUUCCCUGAAGGUUACUUCUUUAUCAAGAACCAAAAGCAUGGUCUUGUUAUUACUGUUCUCGAAACUGACAAAUUGGCUGCUCAAGCUGUUGCUACUAAAUUGGACUCCCAAAACUAUAAUCGUCAACUCUGGAAGCACAAUGAUGGAUUCCUUAUUAACAAAGCAUCUAAUUUGGUCUUGGAUGUUCGAGGAGGAUGUAUCACUAGUGGCUCUGAGAUUUGUCAAUACAAACAAAAGAAAGAUGGUUUUGAAAACCAACAAUGGGGUCUCUCUGUUGAAGGCUACAUUCAUAACAAGAACCAUAAAGACGUAGUCUUGGCUGUUUCUAGCACCAACAAGAAGGACCACCUUCCUGUUCUUUUAGCCAACAAAAAAACACCUGAUCACUCCGAGCAACGAUGGAAUUUUGUCCUUCCUGUUUUCAAACAAGUCUCCACUUCCGUUGCCGAAACUUCCGUUCAAAAGAAGGUUUAUUACCAUCACUAUGCUCAAUACCCAAGUGGUUGGUUCUUUAUUCGUUCCUUUGUUGGUACUUCUCCAGAAUCUCCCUUUGUCCUUACUGCUGAUAGUGUUACUGAAGACAUUCACUUGUCUCAGAUUAGUAAAGACAAUUGGCGCAAUCAACUUUGGAUGUAUUGGAACGGUGUUUUAAUCAAUUUUGCUACUCAAUUGGCAAUUGACGUCGAGAAUGAUAACCUUGUUGCUGGAUCCAGUAUUCGCCAGGAAUUGCGUAAGGCUGGCGAUAUUGGCCAAAGAUGGAGACUCACGGUGGAUGGUUACAUCAUCCAUGGCUCAAAUCCUUCACUCACCCUGAUUCCUCAAGAAGUGGAAACUAACGCUUACAAGCUUGUUCUUGCAGAACAUCUUUCUGUCCAACAAGAACAUCGCUGGAGUCUUUUGUCGCCUGAGAUCAAGAUUGAAAACAACACCCAAGUACUUGUUCGCUGGACUGCCAGUGUCUUAUCCGAAUGGAAGCAAUUCAAUGAACAAGCAGUUCAAAAGGUUGUCCAUCGUAUUGCUAACUGGCCUGAAGAUACAUUCUUUAUCACCGCCCAAGGCGGAUUGGCUUUAGUGCCUGAAAAGUCCGAAGCAUUCUCAUACUUGGUUGUCAAGAAGCUUGAGUUUGGUGAAAGUAGUGAACACUUCAAAUGGACUUUCCGCAAUGGUUAUCUUGUGCAUGUUGCAACUGGACUUGUAUUGCAUGCUUCAGAUGAUCUUGUGAGUGGAAGUCAGCUUCAAAUUCGUGAAGAACUUGUUUCUGAAAACAAGACAGUUGAUCAACGUCAAAGCUGGGCUGUCAAGACUGAUGGUUCUAUUGUAUCAGAAUCCAAGAACACCUUAGGUUUUGCCCUAUUGGAACAAGACAACCAAUACCAAGUUCAACUUGCUUAUGCUAGUAACACAAGUGAGCAUUAUGCUUGGGGCUUUGUUCGUGGUCAUUAUGAAACCCGCUAUAGUAAUAUUUACAAGAAGGAAGUUCGCUUUAUUUCUCGUACUGAACGUAUCCUCUUGACUUUGCGUACUCAUAAAACUUCCUCAAGUAGCAACACCAAAUUGGUUUCUCAUUCUUACGGUGUCUUCCCUGAGAACUGGUUCUACAUUCGUUCUAAGGCUGAUAAGUCACUUGUUCUCACCGCUCCUAGUCGUAAAGAAGGUGCUAAGCUUACCAUUGAAAAGAUUGAUUACAAGAUCUUCCGUCGCCAAUUGUGGCAUGUUCAAGAUGAUGGUUGUCUUGUCAACCUUGAGUCUGAACUUGUGAUCGACAUUGCCGGUGGUGCUUUCAAUGCUGGUAGUAAUAUCAUCCAAUGGCACGAAAAGUACCUCAAGAGACACCGCAAGAACCAAAUUUGGGCCUUGUCUGUUGACGGUCAUAUUCAUCCCAAGUCCCGUCCUAGUCUUGUUCUUGGCGCUAAAGGAAACAAUGUUACUGAAGGAACUGAAAUUCAAUUGCAUACCCGUGGAUCCUUGGAUCUUGAAUACCAAUUAUGGACAUUUGCUAUUCCCGUCUUUGGCAGAAGCAUAUCAGGCGUUAAAGGUGUUUCAGCUGCUGGUGUUUUGGAUCAUAAUGAUAGCGACGUCUUUGUUGAAAACAUUGACGAAGCUUCCUUCCGCACAUCUACUUCUGAACGUUAUGAAAAGAUCAACAAGGUAACUGUGAUUCGUCGUUGGGGUCUCUUCCCUCAAGGUGGAUUCUUUAUUCGUUCAAGUUAUAGUGAUGAACACCUUGCUUUGACUGUUGAAAAGAAGCCUCGCGUUGGAGAAAAUGGUUCCACAGAAUACGAAGUUACUCUUAGACCUAUCAAUUUCAAGGAAUACAAGUGGCAUUUCUGGACUUACGAAGAUGGUCACCUUAUCAAUGCUCAAACUGGACUCGCUUUGGACGCUACCACUAUCAAGGGCGUUCUUAUCGAAGAUGGUCUCCGUACUCCUUUGUUUGUUCGUGAAAAGUCCAUGUCCGAAUUCCAAUUCUGGUCUCUUACUGUUAAUGGAGAAAUCUAUUUGCGUUCUGAUGAGCGUCUUGUCAUUGGCGUUUCUAACUCCAAACGCACUCAAGUUGCUGGUGCUCAAGUUGGUCUUCGUGAAUUGCAUGUUCGCAAGUUUGUUAACGAAAAGGGUCAACAAGAAACUGCUCUCAAGUCUGAAAAGUGGUUGCGUUGGGUGUUCUCCAGACCAGUUUACCGUACUGUAAAGACUACAUCAAAUACUACAUCUGUCACAGAAGAGUCGUCUAGUGUUUCCAGUGAAAUCAUUGAAGGCUUUGAUGAUCAAGAGUUGACUGUAAAGGAGGAUGAAGAAUCUGGCGACAAUGCUUCUAUUGAUGAAAGCGAUGAUGAAGACGAUGAUUCUAGUGAUGACGAGGAUGAUGAUUCUGAUCUCACUAAGCUCAACCUUGUUGGCAACCUGGGCAUUGCUACCGCUGGUGCUGGUAUCUUGGCUGAUGCCACUGGUGCUGCAGGCAAAAUCACUGAUGCUAUUACUUCUGCACCUCAAGCCAUUUCCAAUAUAUUUGGCAAGAAGAAGAGUGACACUAAGAAACAAGAAGGCAUUCAAUCUACUGCCAAGAAGACAUCCUACCAUUCUCUCAAAUUUGAUCGUAAGGAAUCAUAUCACGCUGCUUUUGAUUAUGUUCCUACCGGAUUUGAAAAAGUGGUUCGUUACAAGUCCUAUAAUCAACCCAACUUUCCAUUCUCUGGUUAUUUCUUGAUCAAGAGCUCUCUCCAUGGCAUGGUCCUUGAUGUUGUUGAUGGCGACACCAGAGAUGGUGCUUAUGUUGUUCUUGCUCCCAUGAAGUCAACCAAUUUUGCUAGUCAAUUAUGGUCUUACAAGGAUGGACGUGUAGUGAACCUCAAGGGACAUAAUCUUGUAUUAGAUGCCACCAUGACUGACACCAUUGUUGCCGGUGAAAGACUUGUCAUCUCUACUCGUAUCACUGGUGAAAACGUUGCCGAUCAACAAUGGGAACUUCGUACUGAUGGCUUAAUCUCUUUAAAGUCUAAGCCAAAUCUUGUAUUGGGUGUCAAAGAUCUCAAGCGCAUUAGUGAUCAAAAGACUACUAUUAGCGUCUAUCUCCAAGAAGAAAAGGCUCGUUUAGCUGGCGACAUUGUUCGUCCUGAACAACGCUGGGAAGUCAAGAUUCCUGCUUUGAUUCCUGUAGAACAAACUAACAGCAAUGUUACUGAUUCCAAGUUCACUAUCAUUGAAGCUGGUAAGAUCAGCGCCAUUUCUAGCUGUAUUUCUGCUAUUGCUGCCUUUGAAUGUUUGAAGCACACAUUCCAACACAAGGUUACAGCUGAAAACCAAUGGCCUAGUUCUCAAAAUUGGUUCUUCAUUAGUGCAGACAACGGAAAUGCCUUCUUGUCAUCUGGUAUUACUGAUUCUGCUGAAGUCAAGUUUGUCAAGCUUGGUGAAAAGGAAGACCAUAAGCAAUACUUGUGGGCAUAUAUCAAUGGUUACCUCGUCAACUAUAAGCAUAUGUUGCGUCUUGUUUAUGACAAGAACUCUGAUAAGUUGAUGCUUUCUGGUAGCAAUGAUACUCUUGAUCAAAUCUUCUGUAUCUCUAGCAAGGGAACAUUAUAUGUAAAGAUUCAUACCGAAACCGUUUACUUUAGUGUUGCCUCCUCUAGUCGCACUGAGCGUUAUUACCAAUUGAUUACCUCUGAAACCGAGUCAUCUGAAAAUAUGCAUGCUCUGCAAUUGCAUAUUCCUGUCUUUUCCAACACAGAGAUUGAGAAGGAAUCUAAGGUUGCUCUCUCUACUGUCAUCUCUUGGGUCAUUGCUUCUCAAAAGUCUUCUACGACCACCACUACAACUACCACUACUGUUACUCAAAAGUACGGUUUGUUCCCUCGUGCCACAUGGUUCUUUAUCAAGGCCGAUACCAAGGGUGGUGAUAGUCUUGUACUUGCUGUAAAAGGAGGUUCUUCGGCAUCUGGAGCUUCAUUGGUCUUGAACAAGUUGAGCUUCAAGGACUACAGAAGUCAGCUUUGGACUUAUCGUUCUGGUCUUUUAAUCAACUAUGGUAGUAAGCUUGCAAUUGAUGUUGAAGGUGAAAUCAAUGAAUCAUCCAAGUUGAUCCAAGCCUCCGAAGCUGGUGUCAGUUCUCAAAAGUGGGCUCUUACUGUUGAAGGUCAAAUCCAUCUUGACAGUUAUGCUCAAUACACUUUGGGUUACACUGACGCCGAAUCCUUGACUGAAGGUCUUGAUGUAACUUUGGUUUCAAACAAGGAGCGCGCUAUUACUUGGAGAUUCUCUGUACCUAUUUUUGGCAAGGUUACUACUUCUGGUAACGAAACUACUACCACUACGACUGAAACUAGUACCUCUGUCUCCAAGGUCUCUUCUAUUGACCGUCUUACCACUUGUAUUGAACAAGGUGCUCUUAUUGAAAGUGUCGAAGAAGCAGACAUCGAGGUUGAAGAUAUCUCUGUCAAGAAGAACAAUGCAAUCAACAACAACUCUUCAGUUUCCACGGCUGCUGUUGAUAAGGAAAAGCAUCACACCUUCCAAGACAUUUUGACUAAUGUUGGUAUUGCUGCCACAUCCACUGUAGUUGCAGUCGGUGCUAUUGAAGGCGCUUCCAAGAUUGCAGAAAAGGUCUCUGAACAUCGUGAUAAAAAUACUGAAGAAAAGACUCAAAAGGAUCAAAACAAGGUGGCAUCUGCUGUUACUGAUGUUGACAAGGCUACUGAAAAGAUUGUUGUUCGUCGCUCACAACAAACUUCUGUUCAAAUCAUUGAAGAGUCUCGUAUGAUUACUCGUGCUUGGAAGAUUACCUUCAGCCAACGUAUUCGUCAUUGCAAGACCAAGGAAGAGCUCAUUGAUACGAUCGAGGAAUCUCGUGAAGAUCUCUUUAGACGUCUUGAUGAACACUUGCGUGUCCAUGCUUCAGUUGAACAUUUGGUUGUUGGAUCUGUUCCUGAUUGGCAUGUUUCCAUUCAUCAAAUCAAGGAGCUUUACCGUGCUCGUAUCUUUGAAAAAUUCUUGGGUCGCUUGCACUCUGGAGAGGUUACUGAUUUGGCAGGUCUUGACUUUGAAUCUACCUUGACUACCGCUUCUCAAGAAGUUGAAAAUCAUUAUCAACAUGCUAUUGAGAACGAAAAGAAGAGCUUCUCCACCACUACUACUGUCUCUCAAUCUACUGAGGAAACCUGUGUUCAAGAGAACAUCUUGGUUACUGUAGAUAGUAUUAAGGUUGCCGUCCGUUACUGGUUUAUUAGUUUGUAUGAAACCAUUGAUAAAGCUAAGCGCAACGGUUCUUCUGAAGAAGAAAUCAAGACCAUGGUUGAAAACUCUCGCAAGGAGCUUUCUACUGAGCUUUCCAAGAUCAAGUCUAUUACCACUGGCCACUUGGAAAAGACUGCUUCUACUAUCCUUUCAACCAAGAAGGCCUCUAUUACCAAAACUAUUGAGACUGCUAUUACUCAAGCUGAAAGUGUAGUCAGCUCUCAAAUUGAAACCGUCUUUUCUCAAAAGCAAUACCUUGUUGAUGAAGAGCAUUGGUUGGAUGUCACUCGUGUCAUUGAAGAGCGUCUUUCUACACAGCUCAAGGUCUAUCAAACCGCUAUUACUCAAGAUAUCACUGAUGUUCAAAAGACUGAAAUCAAGGACACUGAUAAAGCCGAAAUCUCUGUCAUCUUGGAUGAAAAGAUGGUUGGUGUUGCUCAACAAACUGUAACAAACAAGUUAGUUGAAACCCAAACUAAGCUAUCUAGCUGGUUCAUUGAGACUACCCAACAAAUCUCUUUGCUUAUUCAAGAUAGCAAGGAAUCUUCUGAAGAAACCAUCAAACAGGAUACCCUUGCUAUUGUCGAGGCUGCACAAAUCGAAAUUAACACUCGAAUUGAAGAAGCCAAGUUGGUCCUUCGUGCUUACUAUGCUCACUUGACUUAUCUUAGCUGGGCUGAGCGUCGUCGUCUUGAAUAUUCGUUGGAUAACAUCAAGGCUUCUCUUACUGCCAACAUCAACCAGUUUAAGAAGUCAAUCACCAGCGAACAGGUUUCCAAAGAGCAAAUCAUUCGCUACUCUAGCUACUCUUUCGGCGCUACUGCUUCUCGUAUUGUCUUGUCUGAUCUUCAAACCAUUGUUACAAAAGUCACCAAUGUUAAGAAGACUACAACUGUUGUUAAUAAGACUGAAGAGCUCGAAGGUGAAAAGCAAAAGAUUGCUAUCGCCGGUGACAAGUCUAGCACUAAGGUGACUGAAGUCAAGAACACGACUGAAAGUAAUGAAAUUGCACAACACAAGCAAGACGAAAUUGCUAAGAAGAAUCAAGUCAUUAAGACUGAAGAUGUCAAAAAGACUGAGAAGAUCAAGGCUGACCAAGAAACCAAGGUCCUUAAUACUGUUGAAACCGAGGUUGAGGAGACUAAGGUCACCAAGGUCGGUAGCAAGCCUUCAACUAGCACCACUGGUACUAGUACUGCUACUGUUGUUGAUAACCAACAAUCAACUUCAUCUUCUGGUAACAAGGUUUCUAGCGCUGUUCUUGGUGCUGCCGCCGCUGCAAUUGCAAGUGCUGCAAUUUUGCAUCAUCACGAUGCUAAGGAAAACAAGCAGCAGCAAGACACUACCAAAGCCAAGGCUGACAAGUCUGAAGAACAUGAGAUUCAAAAGACCGGAUCUGUCAAUGUUGUAAAGAAGGACUCUAUCAAGACUGCUGUUGAAAAGAAGUCUGAAACUUUGGUUGUUGUCUAUGAUCAAGUUCAAGUCAUUGUUCGUGAUUGGAUAACUGCCCUGAACAAGCGUGUCUAUGAAUGUGCACAGAAGAAGAGUAGUAAUGCUCAACAGGAGAUUGACAACAUUGUCUUUGAGUCUCAACAGAAACUUGUGGUUGAAAUUGAAAAGGCCAAGCGCAACACAACUUCUGUGAUUGGUACCUCUCAAACUAGUUUCCAUGAUACUUUGUCUUGGGUAAGAAGUACUGCUUGGAAACAAGCUUAUGAAGUCAAGCAAAUUGGUUAUGAAAUUGCUACUUCUACCGAGAACGAUACUACUCACUUUGAACAGAAGCUUGAGUCCUUGAAGGAGACUACCUUGCAAAAGAUUGAUAGUACCAUUGAGAAGACUAAGACCUCUGCAUCUGUUAUUCACAAGAUUGGUCACGAAUCUUCUGCUACUAUUGCUGCUGGUAAGAAGUUCGAAGGUGUUGACUAUAGUAAGUCAAGCCAUGGUGAAUCUAUUGAGAAGACAAAGGCAACUGUUGGUAUUCUUAUUGAAGACACUCGCUUGACAAUUCAACACAUGUUCCGCCAACUUACUACUGCUGUCAUUGAACGUCGUAAGCAAGGUGGUGACAAUAUUCAAGCUGAUAUCGAAGCUAUUGUCAAGAAGCACCGUGAAGAAAUCAGCACUUACAUCCAAAAGUCUAAAAGUGAAUUUGAAAAGAGAGUUACCACCUCUGAAUCUUCCAAGCUCGAAGUCGAAUUACAAAAAGAAACUAUAAAGAAGGUUCAUGCCACACUGGAACAAAUUCAAGAAAGCGUCUCAGUUCAAGUCACCAAGGUUGAACAGAUCACUACUUCUACUACUGUCACUACUGAAGUUGAAUGUGACGAGAAGUUGACUUCAAUUUCUCAUGAGACUUGCGAAAAGUUGGAUGCUACUUUGGCUGUUUCCGAAACCAUCAUUGGCCAUCAUAUUGAGGUUACUGCUGAAUCUACUUCUGCUCAUCAGUCUGUAACUACUGAAGAAACUUCCAAUGUUUCUUUGGGUGUGCAAUAUGGUCUUGUAGUGGUUGCUGAAACUACCAAAAAUGUUUCUAGUCAAAUUUCUGCCCUUGUUGAACGUGUCCAUCAACGUUUGACUGUUGGUUCUGAAUCUAUUGAACAAGAUGUCAAUGGUCUUAUCGCUGUUUCUGAAAAAGAACUCGACCUCAUUUUUGAGCAAGCCAAGGAAAAGAUUACUUAUGAACUGUCCAUGGUCUCUGCUAAUGAAAAGGCCGAAGAAGAGCGCUUCAUUGCUUCUCUCGAGGCUAUUCGUAAGUCAGCCAAGACUCGUAUUACUCAAAUCAAGACUGUGGCUACUGUUCAUAAGGAGGAAUCCAAGACUGUUUCUGAGAAGCUUCUUCAAAUUGCUGAAGAAUCUCGUCAUGAAAUCAAGUCUCACUAUGAAUCUAUCCAUCAUAGUGUCACUUCCAAAACUCAAAAGGUUGCUGAAUCUGUCCAAGGUGCCAUUACACACGGAUCUUCUCAAGUAUCUCAUGCUGUGGAAGAUAUCAAGAAGAUUGAGCAACAAAAGAAGGAAGAAGAACAUCAAUCUAAGGUUGAUCUUGCCAAGAAGAUUCUUGCUGGAUCAGCUAGUGUUGCUGUAGGAACUGCUAUUGCUGUCGAGAUUGGCAAGAAGCUUUCUGAACACAAGAAGAAGACUGAAGAGCUUGAACAUCAAGAGAAGCAAACUACUAUUGUGGUUGAAGAAGUCAAGGUUCAAUUCAACAAAUGGCUCUCUACUCUCACUGAAACUGUAAUUACUCAAAGUAAGCAGUCUGUUUCUACCGAAGAGAUUUCUGCUACAAUUGAGAAAUCCAAGACUGAAUUCCUUGAGAUUGUCAAGAAGGCUAAGUCAAGUGAGGUGAUUACUGAGAAGCACCAACAUGACAUCUUAUCUUGGAUUGAAACGACUGUUGUUGCUCAGUCUAGUCGUAUUCAAGAAAUCGUUGCUUCUUCAUCCACUUCAUCUGCUAUUGAUAUUAACUCUAGACUUGAAGUGAUCAAGCUUUCUACUACUCAAGAAGUUGAAGCUGCUUUAGAAAAGUGCAAGAAUAUCAAGUCUUCUGCUACUGGUUUUGUAGGUGCUUCUAUUGAGAAGCUUCAACAAAAGGAAGCUGCAUUGUUGGAUAUCCAAAGCGAGCUUGUUAUUGUUAUUCAAGAUGCUAAGUCUUCUUUGACUACUUUCUUCCAAAAGUUCACCAAAUCUGUUAUUUCUCGACUUGAACAAGGUGGUGAAAAUGUUGAAAAAGAUCUUGCUAUUUUGAUUGCCAACACCCGUAAGGAGGUUGCCACUUUGGUUGAGAAUGUCAAGACUACAGCUACCAAGCGCUUGUCGGCAUUGGAGACCAAGUCUUCUACCAUGGUAGUUUCUACUGCUGCUCUUUCAGGUAUUGCUACUGCUGAAAUAAUCAAUGUUAUCAAGUCUAGUGAGGAAUUGAUUAUGCAAAGAAUCAACCGUGUUCACUCCAGCGUUUGGUACAUUGAGAAGAACCAAGACACCAAGAAGAUUGUCGAAACCAUUACUUCAAUUGAAGCUGAGACCACUACUGAACUUACUCAAAGGGUCGAAAGUUCCAAGCACAACUUUGUCUGUUCUAUUCAUGAUCAUCACACUUCUGGUCACAUCACCCACGAAGCUUCUAAACAUAAUGAAGUUUCUGAACAGGAACAAGUUGCCUUGAAGGCUUCUUUGUCCAUUCAAGAAGUCAAAAUCACUAUUCGUGAAUGGUUGCGUACUCUUGCCGAGAAGGUUUCUGUCUGUUCUCAAAAUGGUGGCUCUUCCGAAGAAAUUGAUCUCAUCGUCAAGAAAGAGACCGAUGUUAUCUUUAAAUACCUUGAUCAAUCUGUGACCAAGAUUUCUGAAGCUGUCAAGGCUGAAGAGAGUAUCAAGAACCUUCAUUCUACUGUUGAACAAGUCAAGACUACUAUUACUAAGGUGUCCACUGAAAUUAAGGUUAUCGGUAUUGAAGCUUCUUCAAGCACUUAUGGCUAUGGUGGUUUUGACAAGAUGACAUCCAUCAUCACCGAACAUGAACACAAAAUUAGUGAAGCACUUGUUGUUUAUGAAACCAAGGUCUCUUCCAAGGUUACUGAGCAAAAGAAGCAGCAAUCUUCUACUGUUGCCAAAAAGGAUCAAACUAAGGUUGAUAAGAAGAACAUUUACACAGUUGUUACAACUGAAUACAUCUUGUCCAUUGUUCACACUUGGUUCGAAGAGUUGAUGGUUGAUGUCUCUGAAUGUGCCAAGCAUGAACACAAUGUUACUGUUGUUACUAAGGAAAUCAAUACCAUUAUUACUGAAGCCAAGGAAUACAUUGGUGCUGAACUUGAUUUGGUUAUCAAAAAGAUCCGAGGCGCCAAGGCUGAUUCUUCUGCUCAACAAGAAUUGAUCAAUGUCAUCGAAUGGACUCGUGGUAUGGCCAUUCAAAGCUCUGCCCAAAUUCAAGCCAUUGGUGUCAAUUGUGCUGUUGCCUUCAGUGCUACUGGUGGUAUUGAACAGAUGAAGCCUCUUAUCAGCGCUACUGAAAGUCAAAUCAAUGCAGCUGUUAGCCGUUGCAAUAAGACUAUCAAGAUUGAUGUUGAACGCAACUCUGCUCAUUAUGAAAAGAAGAAGGCUAAAUCUGAAUGCAGAAAGCAAGAAGUCAAGAAGAAGGCUGAAUGUAUCGCCGAAAAGAAAAAGAAGGAGUCUAAGCUUAUUAAGAAGGCCAAGGAAUCCAAGUCUGACGAUGAUUCUUCUGAUAGUGAAUCAGAUAGUGAAUCCAGUAAGAAGGUUAAGAAGGCUACCAAGACAAAGAAGACUGAAAAGAAGUCUACCAAGUCAAGCGAUACUGAAAGCAGUGAUGACUCUAGCUCUGAAAGCGAAGCCAAGAAGCAAAAGAAAUCCACCAGUAUCGACAAGAAGAAGAUUGUUACUGGUAUCGUUGCUGGUGAAAUCAUCAAGCAUGCCGUUGAAGAUUCAUCAUCUUCCAGUUCUGACUCUGAGACUGAUUCUGACAUUGAUAACAAGAAGACAGCGAUCAUCGACAAGAAGAAGUUAAAGACCGGUCAAUCUACUUUGGAUGUCACUAUUAUCGUUCGUGAGUGGUACGAAAAGCUUAUCGUCGAUGUCUCUUCUCGCGCCAAGAAAGGAGGUUCUAAUGCAUCUGCGGAUAUUGAAGUCAUUGUUCAAAAGGCUGUCUCUAGUAUCACCGAAACUCUUCGUAUCAUUAGCGUUAAUGCUCACAAGUCUGUAGUUGACACAACUACUGUCACACAAUACCAAGCUUCUAUCGAGUGGGUCAAAAACUUGGUCAUCCAAAGUAGUUAUCAAGUCAAGGCUAUUGGUAUCAAUUGUGCUGCCGCUUCUUCCAAGACAGGUGGGAUUGAACAAAUGCGUCCCAUUGCUACUUCUAUUCAAGAGCAAGUCAGUGUAGAAAUUCGUCGUUACAAGUUGGUUGCUGAAAAGACAGAAACUGUUGAAAACAAGACUAACAAGGUGACUGAAGUUGAACACAAGCAAAACCAAGAAAAGCUGAGUGCUGGCCGUAUUUCUGCCUGCACCCGCAAGGAAUACUGCGAAAAGCUUGAGAAGCAUGUUUCUGAAGUAGUUACUGAAUCCAAGACUGUAAUUACCACUUGGUUUGCUGAACUUAUUCGCGAAAUCUCCAUCCGCGUUCAUCAAGGUGGUGAUACUGUAGAAGAAGAUGUCAAGGCACUUGUUGAAAAGUCAAAGCUCGAACUCGAGAAUAACAUCAAGCGUACUCAAAGCAAAUUUGCCUCUUCUAUUGAAUCAUCUGAAAAGGACAAGACUUUCCUCUUGAUCAAGUCUCACUUCUAUGGAAGUCUUGAAUCUGUCCAAACUGUCAUUAACACCAAGAUUGUUGAAAUUCAAGAAGUCGCUAGCAAGCGUUACUCCGAAACCGAGUUUAACCAGAGACUCUCUAAUUUGUUGGAAAGUUCCAAGGCUGCAAUCUCUGAGUCUUUGGAAACUGGUUACAAGAACUCUGUCAUCAUCAUUAAACAAGAUACUACUCAGACUGAGUCCACUGUUAAGGUCAUUGAUACCGUUGAUGAAGUCAAGACUGUUAUUACUCAAUGGCACACCAAGCUUAAUGAAGAAAUCUACUCCAUCAGUAUUGAUGCCAGCAUUGAAAACAAGGAGGAGAGAAUUAACUCUUUGAUCGAGCAAGCUACUGCUGAAGUUGAGCGUGUUACUAAGGAAGCCAAAUCUAAGGUCACUGAAAACUGCAAUUCUGUCAAGAAAAUCAGCAAGACUAAAGAACAAGAGCUUUUGUCUGCCAUUGACUAUGUUCACAAGACCUUUACUACCGAUGUCAAGAAGAUUCAACAAGUUAGCAUUGAAGCUAUUCACAAGUCUGAUACCAACAUCAAGGAGUCUAUCUCUUCCGCUGUUCAUUCUUCAAAAGAAAAGAUUGAUUCUGCUCUUACAAAGACAACUGCUGCUGUUGUAGGUGCUGCUACUGCUGCCAUGGCUAUUCAUGCUGCUAAGAAGGACAAGAAGGAAGAAAAGAAGAAGACUGAGUCCAAGUACAACGAGUUGUCUGUUGAUGUGGAUGAAAAUGUUACUGUGAUCUCUCAAUGGUUUGAACUUUUCACGAAGAAGGUUGCUAGCUCUGUUCACAACAAGGAUGCUGAUAUAGUCCAAACCAUCAACAGUAUCACUGAACAUGCUGAACAAGAAAUUUCUGAAAUCAUUUCUGUUGCUCGUAACGACUUUAUCAAGCGUUUGUCAUACCAAAACUUGGAUCAAGAGUCUUACACCUAUGCUUGUAAUCACUAUGAAGAAAGCCUUCAGUCUGUUCGCGUUACUAUCAUUUCUGAAAUUACUGAAGUGAAGAAGGUUGCUAUUCAUUCCCACUCGACUGGUAACAUUCAAGAAUUGGAAACUCACUUGGCCAAAUUGUCGCAAACAUCUAGUGAAAGAAUCAAAGUAGCUAUGGGAUCUUCUGUUGUUGUCAAGCAAAAGGUUCAAGAUACUGUCGAUACCUCCAAGAAGUCUGAUGGCGCCUUGCAAAUUGAAUUCAAGGAUGAUGAUAUUGUUGUUGGCGAGGAGGAAGUCGAUUAUGAUCGCAAGCAAACUGUUGUUAGUAGCCACAAAGAAGAAAAAAAUGAAAAGGAUAAGACAGAAAAGGUCAAGGAGAAGAAGAAGGACUCCAACAUUGACAAGAUCUUGUCAGGCACUUUGGCUAUUGGCGCUGCAGCAGGUGCUGCCGUCAUGAUCCAUAAAAAGAAUGAGAAGGAAGAAGCUGAAAAGCAACAACAAAAGAAGAAGCAAGACAUUCUCAGCACUUACCAACACCUUAAGUACGACUCUGGUGUCACUACUAUUGAAAGUGUAAACAUCUUGAUUUCUGCCUGGUUCACUUCUCUCAUUCAAAAGGUCUCCACUGCUUCAAAGUCUGGUGCUUCUUCUCAAAAGAUCACUACCAUUGUUGAGGAAUCUCGUACUGAGCUCAUACAAAUUGUUGAGCAUGCCAAGGCCUAUGGCUCUAAGUACUGUGCUUCUGCCAGUGACGAACAACAAUACAUUAGCAAGAUUGAAUGGGCUUCUUCUGUUGCACACAAUCAAGCUGCUCAAAUCCAACAAAUUGGUAUCAAUGCUUCUGCUAGCAAAGCUGAUUUGACCAAGCAAAUGGAAGCUUUGGCUACCGCUUCUUAUCAUCAAAUCGAAGUAACUCUCGAGCAAUUGAAGACCACUAUCAAGUUCCAUCAAAAGGUUAAUAAGAUCAACAAUAGCAAGACUGAUAUUAGCAAGGUUGACUCUACUGCUUCUGUGGUUGAAAAGCCUGUCUGUGGAAAGAUGGAAACCACUGUUGAUAAAACCAAGGUUGCUUACUCUGUCAUCCAAGAGACUCGUGUAACUACUAUUGCCAUCUUUGUAUCUUUAUCUGAACGUAUCGUCAACCGUAUCAGACAAGGUGGAUCUAAUGUUCAAGAAGAUGUCCACAAGAUGAUUGAAUCCAGUGAGCAAGAGGUUGCAAAGAUCUUCAAUGAGGCCAAGACUACUUCUUCCAAGGUCGACAAGAAGACUCGUCUCGAAAUCGAAGAAGCUCUCUCUUCUGUGCAAAAGACUGUUCAAGAACAAAUCGUUGAAAUCAAGACCGUUUCCGUUGAGGCUGUAUCUACUACUUCUACUGACACCAAGGUAGCUGUUGAAAAGAUUUUGGAAGUUAGCAAGAACUCCAAGACCAAGAUUGAAACCACGUUUAACUCCGUCUCUGAAGCAAUCACUGCUAGUCUUGUUGUUGUAAGCAAGACCGCUCAAGAAGCCACCGAAGUUGUGCAAAGCUGGUUCGUUGGUCUCAAAAACAAGAUUGAAAACCUUCUCGAAGCCAGCGAUUGUUCUGAAGAAGAAAAACAAGUCAAGAUCAACACUGUUGUAGCUGAGGCCGAAGUUGAAAUGAAGACCAAGAUUGAGAAGCUUCAACAAACUUCCACUACCGCUCAAAAGACUUCCACUUCUACUACCGAAGUCACUACUGAUCAUCAUCUUGAUAUUUUCUUGAACAACAUCAAGUACAGUGCUCAAAAGCAAUUGAAUGCAGUCAAGACUGCUGUUCAAGACACCAACAAAACUGACAAGUCCAAGAUUAUCUCUACUCUUGAUAUCACUGAGACUCAAUUGAAGCAAGAAAUUGGUACUCAUUACGAAGCUGUUGAGAAGAUCACCAAGGUUGAUCAUAUCACUGGUACUGAACAAAAGGUUGCUUUGGAACUUGAAAAGAAGAAGGACCGCCAUGACUCUUACAAGAACACUAUUGAAAAAGCUGCUGUUGGAGCCGCUGCUGUAGCUGCUGCUGCUGCCAUGGCUAUCGAUUAUCACCACAAGAACCAACAAUCUCAAAUUACUGCUGUUCAGGUUGUCAAGGAACAAAGUAUCAAGGAUGUUCAGGUCAAGGUUGAUCGUUGGUUUGCUCAAUUGACUGAUCGUGUUACUGCUGUCACCAAAAAGGGUGGAAGCGAUGUUGCUGUCCAAGUCAACCAAAUUGUCAAGGAAGCUCAGUCUGAACUCGAAGUGACCAUUAACGAAUUCAAGUCUCAACAUACUUCUACUGAAUCUUACAGCAGUACUACUGAAUCCAAGCGCACUUUCACUCAAACACUUGAAUGGAUCAAGACUACUGCUUACUCUCAGACCACUCAAAUCACUGAGAUUGUUAGCCACAGCUCUUCUAGCUCUGUAGACCUGACCACUCAGAUUCAAAACUAUGUUUCUGUCAUUAAGCAACAAAUCAACAGUGCCCUUGAAGUUCAUUAUGAGCAUGCUACUGGUGGUACUAUUGUUGACAAGAAGACUGAAAUUGUUGAUUCCAAGCAAGAACAGGCUACUACUGGUGUCAAGGUGACCGAAAAUGUUGUUCAAGUUGUUACUGAAACACGCGAGCAAACUCAAAAGCGUUUCCAUCUCGAGACUACUGUGAUUGUUCAAGAAAGCAAAACCAAGAUUACCAACUGGCUUGUUCUUCUUCUGUCUAACAUCACUACUAUCAUUCACAGCAACUCUGAAACUACUCGUAAGGAUAUUUUUACCAAACUUGAUACAGCUGAAAGAGAAGUUGAAGUCUUCAUCAAGGAAAUGAAGGACAAGUUCCUCACUACCAGCAAGACCAGUGCCGCCAGUAAUGUCGAAUCCAGUACUCAAACUUUAAUCGUUAACUCUGUUAAGCAAACACUUGAUUGUAUUGAUAGCAUUCAUACUACUUUGAUCCUUCAACUUUCUGUCAUUCGCGAAGUCAUUAAUCGCAUUGAAGUCGAAGAUAUUGAUACCAUUACUGAACGCCUUGAAGCUGUCAUCAACCGUACUCAAACUCGUGUCAACCACACACUUGAAACUGGUGUCGAGUUGGCCAUUUCUUCUGCUUUUGAAGGCAAGGUCGUCACUUGGACUGAAACCGUAACUGUUCCUGCAUCUUUCAAGAAUGUUCGUGCUGUUGCUUAUGACUUGGUUGGAACCGUAGUUGAUUACCACAAGAAUUUGCAACAAGUCUGGAAGAAGAUUGUUACUCCCAAGCAUGAUGUUGUUCUCUCUACUCUUGAGUUCAAUGCUUUUGUUUCUGACUGGUAUGGUGCUUACACAGAAAUCAAGCGCGCCAACUUUGCCAACAAGCGUUUCGUCGCUGACCAUGUUUCCCUUCAUGAAGCACUUGUUCAUAUCUUGCAACGCUAUUAUGUCAAGGACUCUCUUACUGAAUCUGAAAUUGAAGAAUUAUGUCAAGCUUGGAGAAGUGUUGGUGUUCAUGACGAUGCUGCCAUUGGUAUCCGUCGCCUCAAGAACCAAUCUUUAGCCAAAUAUGCCACUGUUGCCAUCUCGGAUACUUUCUCCACUCAAACCAUGAUUAACUUAGCUCAAAACAACUGUCUUUGCUGGCACGCUCAGUUUUCUGCUGAAAUGUUUGCUCACACUGCCAGUGAAUCUGCUUCUGAAUCCGUUGUUAAGGGAACUAUUCAACUGCUUGGUCUUGAACGCGCUGAAGAGUUAGCUGUUGUCAGUGCUAAUGCUCAAUUAGUUGCUGCUGCCAAACAACAAGGUUGUUAUGCUGUAUUGGUUGAACGUGAAGAACAUACUCAUGCUGAACACAAGCAAUCUGUCCAAUGCGAUAUCAAGGUAGAUGGUCUUGACGUUUUUGGUGAAAGUGUUCAAUCCUUCCUGGAACAUGAAUCCAUGACCAAAGUCUGGAAUGAAAAAGAAGCUCCUGCUGCCCCUCGUGUUUGGGUUCAAAAAGUCAAAGGUUUUUUCAAGCAGUAAAUUAGUUUAGUGAAUUAAAUAUAUUUUUAUCCAAUAAAUCAAGU